GUUAAGAAGAAGAGAAACUCUAACGACUCGCAUACUUUAGGUGGGGUUUGAGAGCAGAGGACCCAGGUCUGCCAGGCAGCUGAAGGGAGAGAGGAAGAGAGAGAGAUAGAGAGGGAGACAGAGAGGGAGGAAUAAAGAGAGAGAUAUAAAACAGCGAUAGAAAAAAAGAAAGAGAAAGAAACUGAAAGAGUGAGCACCAGAGAGAUAGAGAAAAAGGCAGGGAGAAAAACAGAAAGAGAGGGAGGGACAGAAACGGAGGGAGAAAGAGACAGAAAGAAAGAGAGGAGAAGUAUGUCGGGUGUGCAUGUGCAGACGCCAGCGCCUCAGGGGGGGCAGAAGGGGGAGAAGAAGAUUCAGCUGAAUGGGGGUUCAGCUGUGCCCCUUAUCAGCACUGUGGGGGAGGGGGAGGGGAGGGUCCAGCAGGACCCCAAAAGCGCUGAUGAGAGCAAGAUACAGGAGGACCUGCUGGAGCCAGAGGACCCCGGAAAACCUCAAAGCCCCCAGGACCCCAAAAAACCUCAGAGGCUCCAGGACCCCGGAAAACCUCAAAGACCCCAGGAACCAGAGGAGCUAGGGGGCUCCCAGGACCCCAAAAAACCUCAAAGACCCCAGGAAUCAGAGGAGCUAGGGGGCUCCCAGGACCCCAAAAAACCUCAAAGACCCCAGGAACCAGAGGAGCUAGGGGGCUCCCAGGACCCCAAAAAACCUCAAAGACCCCAAGAACCAGAGGAGCUAGGGGGCUCCCAGGACCCCAAAAAACCUCAAAGACCCCAGGAACCAGAGGAGCUAGGGGGCUCCCAGGACCCCAAAAAGCUACAGGGUCCCCAGGGCCCUGAAAAACUAGAGGGCUCCCAGGAGGCCCCUGAGGAGCCUGCGCAGGACGUCCUGGGGCCAGACGACGUGGUGUGCGACUCGUGCAUCGAGAACCCGCGGCGUGCGCUGAAGUCCUGCCUCACCUGCCUGGUGUCGUACUGCCAGGCUCACCUGCGCCCCCACCUAGAGAACCCCAAGUUCCAGAGCCACCGGCUGGUGGAGCCGCUGCGCGACAUCGAGCGCCGGACCUGCGAGGCUCACCGGCGCCCCCUGGAGUUCUACUGCCGCGCAGACGCCUGCUGCGUCUGCUCCGACUGCGCAGCCGAGGAGCACCGUGGACACCAAACUGCGCCUGUUAGGGACGCCCGCAGAGAGAUAGAGAAGGAGCUGAGUAACAAGCAGAGGGAGAUGCUGAAGACCAUGACAGCGGCAGAGAACGCCAUCAACAAGCUUCAGACCAACACGGUGUCCAUCGCGAACUCGGUCACAGAGGUGCGGGAGGUGAUCGAGCAGCAGUUCUCUGAGCUGCAGCUGGUGGUGGAGCAGGCCCGGAGGGAGGUGGAGGAGGUGCUGGAGGCGGAGGAGAAGCAGGCGGUUCGGCAGGCCGAGGGGAUCCAGGCACACCUGGAGCAGAAGUGCGGUGAGCUGAAGAAGACACAGCUUCAGGUGGAGCGGCUCUCCAGGACCAAGCACGACAUCGACUUCCUGACGGAGUACUCGGAGUGGCAGAAGGAGAAGGUGGACGUGUCUCUGCCUGGGGUGUACAUCGGCCUGAUGGACCGGCUCACCUUCUUCAGCCAGGUGGUGACCGAGUCCACUGCUCAGCUGCGUCACCAGCUGCUCGCCACCUACAGGAACAAGCUGAAGGAUACCAGCAAGAACGAAAAACUGGGGAUUAAAACGACCGUGCACGCCAUCGUGUCAGCAAAGCAUAAGGCCUCCCAGCCGGACCCGCAGUCCCGAGAGGACUUCAUGAAGUACUGCACCCCUCUGAGUUUCGACGCAGACACCGUGCACAAGUUCCUACGCCUGACGGAGGAGAACAGGAAGGUGACCAACACCACGCCGUGGCAGCACAGCUACCCGGACACGCCCGAGCGCUUCGAGCAGCAUCGCCAGGUGCUGGCGGCAGAGAGCUUCUACCUGGGCCGGCACUACUUCGAGGUGGACGUGAGCGGGGACGGCACGCACCUGGGGGUCACCUACAAGAGCAUCGACCGCAAGAGCGGGGAGAGCAACGGCUGCAUCACGGGCAGCGGGUUCUCCUGGUGCCUGCAGUGGAACGGACGUGGCUUCUCCGCCUGGCACAGCGGUGUGGAGACCCCGCUGCCCGUGGGCGGGUUCACACGCGUCGGCGUGUACGUGGACUACGCCCGCGGCUCGCUGGCCUUCUACGGCGUGGCCGACGCCAUGACCCUCAUCCACCGCUACCAGGCCGAGUUCCUGGAGCCCCUGUACCCCGCAUUCUGGCUCUCCAAGAAGGAGAAUGUGGUCCUGCUGGUCAGUCCUGGAGCCCCCCUACCCCUGAAGAGCCCCUCUCCACCCUCAACGCCCCCCAGUGGAUCCACAACCCCCCCAGCAGAAGAGCAGCAGAAGUCCUAACUGCAUUUUCUGCAACGCUGCUUCAUCCAGCAAACGUGUUGGCUAAGCUGACCUUGGUACCCAUUGUUUACACUGGUUACAUACAGUAGGCUGCUGUGUGAGACUGGACUGCACAAAGCAGUGGUCCGCUGUCCCUUUCAAUAAGAGCAGCAGCUCAGACCGGACUCAGAUACUGUGAUAUUUCUCUGUUGGAACGGCGAUGCGUUCCUCUGUCUCUCUCUCUCUGUACAGUGGUGAGAUGGAUGGCUGUUACGUUGUAUGUACUGUGGCUUUCUCCGUUGUGGCUUGAUGUGAAAUGUGUUUGGCAAUUAAAGGCAUGUUACUCUUCC